AUGCCCCUCGAUAAAUCAAGCGGGAGUCGUCACCAUGCUCACAAAUCUGCAGAAGGCUUGCCGUCGGCCAGCAAGCAAAGCAGCUCGCGAAAGCCGCGUCGAAGUGCCUCUGCGAUUCUGCGCGAACCGACGAAGCCAAGCAGCAGUAAAACACGACAAAGCUCAAUAGCAAAAGGCACGCCUUCCAUCUUGGCUGAAUCCGCCGGUGAUCAAUGCCUUGAACCCAGCACGAAGCGACCAGCAAGAGCGCCAUCCGAACCAGUUGAUAAUUCAAACCGCGACUCAUUCCACUCAAUUCUUGAAGACCCCUUCUUCCAGGACUACGGCCCAGACGGUUCCCAACUGCAGCCACUGGACCUCGCAACUCACGAGCCAAGCCCCAUUGAGCGCGACGAGAAAGAAAGCACACAUAAUAACUGGCCGCCUCCGCGACGGGAAUCGUUGACAAUUGGAAUGCUUGAGUCCUGGCGUUCGAAGAGGACGGCGAUGGAGUCCUUCCACGUGGCGGUUAUUGGCGCCCGUGGCGUCGGCAAGUCUUGCUUCAUCCAAGCUGCCCUCGCACUCCAGAGUCUGCCUAUGACCGAGGCGCCCAGCAUUCGGUCUUCUGUCGAUGGCGUCACGCACAUGGUCACAGCUCUGGAGCUCGACGUGAACCACUUCGAAGCCAGCCCGUCACAGCAAAUCCAAUGGCCGAAACAAAUCAACGGGCACAUUGUGCCGCGAGUCGACGCUGCCAUCAUACUAUACGACGUGACCGCCCGCGAGACAACUCGACCCUUGACGCAAAUACUCGCUGCUGUCAGCAACGCCGGGAUGCCUUCUAUUCUGGUAGCAAACAAAUGCGAGACUGCGGAAGACGACUGGCACGUGGAUGUCGACGACCUAGCCAAGCGAUACUAUGAGGUCGGCAUCGCAACAUACAAAGCGUCGGCCACCAAGCCUGAGGCGGCACGGUCGUGCCUACAAAGUAUCCUCAGAGCAGCAGUGAGCCAACGAAGAGAGGACAGCGGCGAGCAGGUCGCGCGCAGGCGAGCGCAAUCGAAUCUCGAAGCCCCCGAACCCAUGGCAUCUCGAUCGUAUAGCGGCGACAAUAAACACAGCAGAGCAAGCUCCGAGUUCUCCUUGUUGAAAGGCUUCAACAGCGGCUCAACAAGCGAGAGCCAUCGCCAGCAAUCUUCGAUCAGUCCUCGACCGCCCACGGGCUUCGACAACUCGAACGGCUCAUUCCUGCAUGUAGAGGAAUCAGACACGGAACAGCCUCAGUCGUCAGACGACAUUCCCCUCUUGCAGCGGAACGACAACGAUACGAAGCAGACAGCAAAGGAGGAAGGAGUGGCCUUUGGCGAGCUGGUUGAUCGCCUUCUGGCCCCAAGAAUAUCAAAGACCGACGCAGACUUCUCGGACAUUUUCCUUUGCCUGUAUCGGAAGUUUGCGGCGCCAGGUGAGCUCUUCGCCGCCAUUUUGGCGCGGCUGGAUCGAGUUCGAGACGACAAGGCAGCGCACUAUCUGUCGAGGACCGCGACCCAACUGCGAAUCAUCGAGGUUGUGGCGCGAUGGGUGGCUCUGUACCCUGGCGAUUUCGCUCGGCCCACCACGAAAUAUAGGCUGGAUGAAUUCAUCAAGCACCUGUCGACCGAGCCCAUUUUCUCAAUAGCAGCCCAGCAAAUGCGUCGCAACCUGAACCACAACGUCGUUGAGGACGACGACACGGGGUGGGCACACGCAGAUGAUGUAGAGGACGACGAUGGAGGCCACAACGCGCAAAAGGAGACAAACGAAGUUACAUCUAGCCUUGGCUCCUUGCAAUUCGAAGACGCAGACGGCAGGCCUUCCGAGGGCUCCGAGGCGGAUCGUGCCGACACGAUGAGCAACCAAUUCCAGUAUCAUUCCUACGAGGAAUACGAAAGGGAAGCCGCCCUGCUUGAGCCCUCGAAUCAGCUGCCGAUGAACAAAUUCCGCUACCACAUCUUCAUGGACGUACCCGUCGACGACAUUGCGGAGGAGAUGACGCGCAUUGACUGGAUCAUGUUCUCGUCGAUGCGCAUCCGGGAUCUUGUGCGGCAUGUGAGUCUCUCCGCGGCAGACAAAGCUAAGUGUCAGAGCUUGAAAAACGUGGACCGGACCAUUGCCCACUUCAAUCACCUUGCCCGUUGGGUUACAUGCAUGAUCCUUCUCCGGGACAAAGCCAAGCAUCGGGCCCAGAUGCUUGAAAAGUUUAUGAACAUAGCGACAAAACUACGCCAACUGAACAACUACAACGGCCUGGCGGCGGUCGUUGCUGGCAUCAACUCGACUCCUAUCAACCGCCUCCUCCAGACCCACGCUCUGGUGUCAGAGACGGUCGGCAAACGAUUUGCCAAGAAUCUGAUUUUGACCAGCACAACGAACAGCUACUUUGCCUAUCGUCUGGCUUGGCAGAACUCACCAUUGCCGAGAAUACCAUACAUGGCAGUGCAUCGCAGAGAUCUCGUGCAGGCUGAAGUAGGAAGCAAGACCUUUGUUGGCGCCAAGGGGGACAAGAUACACUGGGCAAAGUUCCAUGUUCUUGGAAGUAUUCUGCUCCCUAUCAUGAAGAGUCAAGGUAGCCCGUAUCCAAGCUUGUCCAAACACGAGACGGUGCGCGAAACUAUCCUCGGCUGCAAGAUGCCCGUUGAUGAAGUGGACAUAGACAGGCGCAGCGAGCAGGUGGAAAACAGCCAAGGAGGGGGGUUGGAGGCAGCGAAGAAGAAGGGAUCUUUCCCGUGGUUCAACAGAACAGGAUCGGCGGUGAACGCAAGGCGAUUGCAAAAACACGGCGAUUCACACGUGGUCCUACAAUGCUCCAUGACUCUCGACUUACCCCCCGAAGCUGACUGGAUUGCCUCUGCUGUCGACCUGAAGCGCGCGGUGGACGACAAACAACUAUGGAUCGAGAAGAAGGAUGCCAGCUUCGUCAAUCUUUCGGUAGCAAACUUGUGGCAAGGGUUGACCGUAGACGAUCUGGAGACGCUGGAGCAUCAGAUCAAAGAAUUCGAGUUGUGGGCACGACUAGGCGUGCGUCUCGUUGCCGUCGACCCCCUGUACUCUGCCGAAGUUUGUUUCUCUUUGCAGCAUCCCGAUAUAUCGUCUGCUCUGGUGGCACCCGAGGGCGUCUUGGCAGCGAAACUCAUCGAGCUACACUGCUUGCUGGACGUGUCGACAAAGUUCACGGAGCAUGCAGAUCUAUCCAAAGCUAAUGUUUUGAUGAAUGGGACGCGUGCACGGAGGAAAAGGAAGCGAACUACGAGCAGUACCACGCAACAUGCUUAUACGUUCCUUGACCCUGUUGAUCAGAGAGCGAUUGAAGAGUACAUGGGUCUGGUUGAGCAGACAUGGACUCCCCCAGCAACAGAGAUGCAAGAAAUACCAAUGCACAAUGCACUGCAUGGAAUGGCUUCAUUUGAUGUGGUCAGGGCCUUGGAGACCAGCCUGGAUGUGCUCAUGAUCGGCGUCCAAAGGAAGCACAAUGGUUAUCGUGUGAUGAAGGGAGAGUCCUUCUUCGAGUUGGCCAGUCUUGCGCCAGGCGUUUUCAACAUGAGCUAUUUGAAGGCUAUAGCUGGAAGAGUGUCUGCCAUGUCAGUCAUCAGCACAUCGCUCGCCAGGAUGGUAGAUGCUGAAUCGCCCGAGCUCAGGAGGAAGGCCAUGGCCUUUGGUGUGGCCAGAGGCGAGGAAAACGUUGCCUCCUCGCCCUUGGAUAAGGUUCGCCAUGGCAUCCAGGAAGGCGCUUGGGCGACAUUGCUAAGACACACGAAGCGGUCGGUUCCCAAGCGGUCUCCCGGUCAGAAUCGCAGCACGCAGCCUGCAAUCGAGUUUGACAAGGAUUUCGCCAAUGGAGUGCCACGCCGACCGUCUCAGCUCGCGGACUCGUUCACAUGGUCGCAGUCUGAAUUCGCCCCUGAGAUGAGCCACACCGCGUUCAUGUCGUUCAACAACCCGCUGCCGCCGGUUCACACCCGACAACCUACACUCUGGGUGGCAGAUAUCUUGGAAUAG